GACAGUGAUAGUUAACUGCCACGUCUCAAUCUUUGAGCGGUUGCUGCUGGCUCUCCGUGGGCUCAGCCGUCCUCAGGACUGCUUUGACCCGACUUUGUCAACGUUGCUUUGACCUGACUUUCCUAACGGGGUCUCUCAAAAGCUAAUGGCUAUCAAACAGGCUUGCCGCUUGAGCUUCUUUUUUUGCAUAGCUAAAUUUCAAUCCGGAAGCCUGGUUGAGAUCACACAACUCGGCAGGGGAUUUCCUUUUUUUUCGUUUAGGAAAAAAGAGAACAACCAUGCUACACAGCUGGUCUUGAAUUUGACAGUCUGACGUUGACAGAUCUCCUGGAGCCUCGGCUAGCAAGGAAUGACUGGUGACUGAAGUGUUGCACCGAGGCUCCCAAACAGCGGGGUCCCUUCUGGGCUCAGUCAGGAGGACUCGUUAAUAACUAUGCACCCAGUCCUGUGGAGCAAAGAGGGAUGCUUUAGAAAUGCAACAGCCAAGACGGCCAUACUCUUCAUUCAGCCUCAGUACAAUGUCACCACACUCUCACCAGAGGGCGAGGUGACGUUCUACCACAACGGAUGGAAGGACUCUGCCACCAUCCUCUUUUAUUUCUUCAUCACCAUCAUCCUCCAUGCAGUCGUGCAGGAGUAUCUUCUGGAUAAAGUGAACCGGCGGCUCCACCUCUCCAAGAGCAAGAACAACAAGUUUAAUGAGUCGGGUCAGCUGUGUGUGUUCCACCUGGUGUCGAGUGUGUGGAGCCUUUACAUCCUCAUAACAGAAGGAUAUCUCUUUCAUCUCAGCAGUCUUUGGGAGAACUAUCCCCAUGUACACCUGAGGUUUCAGGUGAAGUUUUUCUACCUCACUCAGCUGGCCUACUGGCUCCAUGCCUUGCCUGAGCUCUACUUCCAGAAAGUACGCAAGGAGGAGAUUUCUCGCCAGCUCCAGUACAUCUGCCUGUACCUGCUGCACAUCGCUGCAGCCUAUUUCUUAAAUUUAAGUCGUGUGGGUGUGGUGCUCCUCUUCCUGCAGUACGUCUCAGAGCUGGGCUUCCACAUCGCCAGACUCUUCUACUUCACUGAUGAGAACCAUCAGAAAAUGUUUGACUUAUGGGCAAUGGGCUUUGUGUUUACCCGGAUGGUCACGUUGACCCUGAUGUUCCUGGCUGUUGGGUUUGGUCUGGCUCGUAGUGAGAACCAGGGGCUGGACUGGGAGAUGGGCAACUUCAACACUGUACUGAUAAGGAUGACCGUUCUACUGCUGGUUUGUUUGACCCAAUCUUGGCUACUCUGGAAGUUUAUCCGCUUCCAGCUGAGACGCUGGCGGGAGUUUAGACACGAACAGGCUGUCCGCAAGAAGGCCGCCGCAAAACAACCCCUACGGCCAAUGAAAAGAGACUCGCUUGGUCACCAUGAAAAUGGAGUUCUUAAAGCUGAGAAUGGAGCCUCUCCUCGGACCAAAAAACUCAAAUCCCCAUAAGAUCGCACAUGUACUGGCCUGAACAGUGACCGUAGCCCUGGCCAAGGUUUCUCAUCACCACAAGCCGGCGGCCACUGGCCACCAAACCUCUUGCUGAGUGUGUCCUGAGAUGUACCAGGGACUCAGUCGCUACAGACUUAGGCUUCAAUGCUGGAAAAUGAAAUCAAAGGAAACCCCUUGAGUCCAACAGACAUUUACUAUUUUCAUCUUAUCAGUAUUUUUUAUAAACCCACGCACCUGCUAUCCCACGGAAAAGGAGCACCAUAGUAUGCAGAAUGAUUCAAAUGUAAAGUGAACACCGUAUGCGGCACACACGUUUUGCUGGCUGUGUGUCAAUGUUGAAUGUGUUGAUGCAUAAGUACUGUAUAGUGUUGUCUGGUGUCACGGCUGUUUUCAGCUCUCAUUGAAUUGGCUUUGCUUGUUUUCUAGUCUGUCCUAUUGGAGCAGGACAAUGUUACUGGUAUGGUGUGAUGUAGGCGUACUGUAUGCUGGCCUUAACGUUAUCCCUUCACCAUGUCUGGAAAGGGAUUUUGGCCAACCAAUGGUCACCUGGGCUCCUCCCAAUGAAUAAUGUCUGUUUAAAAUCCUAAAUUAAUCACAGGUCACUUAACAGAUAAGCGUCAAGUACGUAUGAUAUUACCGUCGGAUAUUACCGCAUGCCAUUAAAUUUUUUUGUUUAUUACUUUAUUAAAUAAUGCAUUUUUCUGAA